UUCAAUCUCUGGAAGUACAUCACCUCGUCUUCUGUGAACUUGUUUCUUCCUUUUAUCAAUGGGAUGAUGCUUGGGUUUGGAGAGAUAUUGGCGCACGAAAUUGGAUUUCGCUAUAACUGGUUUGGAGCCAAAGUUCAACCUCCCAGAAGACUUGCUGAAAAGAAGCAACGU